AUGAAAUUCUAAAAUAUCUUAAUUGGUCUUUUGUUUUUAUCUUCCUGCUUGGCUCAGCUCAUAUCUUAGAAACACUCUAACUCUAAAUUAUCAUCAGUGCAAAUCAAAGAUUUACUCGAUUUCAACUAAUGGAAAUACAAUCAUGGUAAAAAUUACUUUAAUGCUGAUGAAGCUAAUUUCCGUCAAGUGAUUUAUCUUUUGAAUCUCUAGAAGUUCAAUGAACAUAACAGCAACCCAAAUCACUCUUACAAAGUUGGUACAAAUUAAUUCUCAGAUUUGAGCUAAGAAGAAUUUGAGUCACUGAUAUUGAACCCAUUUCUUUCUCAGGAUUUCCAUCACAGAUUCCUGGAUUCAAAUAAUGAUAAAAAUUUAAAUAAAAAUAGCAAUCAUACCUCCACAAAUAACAAUAAUAACAACAGCAAGAACUAAAACAAUACACAUACUAAAAAUAAUACUCAUACUGGAAAUAGCAAUAACAAAACUAAUACUGUUCCUGUAAAUCCUACAACCCCAACUGAUCCUUUAAAAGUAGUUCCUUAAAGUGUUGACUGGAGACUACAAGGAAAAGUUAGUCCUGUAAAGAAUUAGGGUUAGUGUGGUGCUUGCUGGGCUUUCUCAGCCACUGGUUUAGCUGAAAGUGUUAAUUUAAUGAGAAAUAACACUCUUCAAUAAUAUUCUGAAUAAGAAUUGAUUGAUUGUACUUACAAAAUAUAUUCAACUAAUUAUUUUAAUUAGGGUUGUGAUGGCGGUUGGGCUGCUAAUGGUAUGAAUUACAUCUAAUAGAAAGGUGUCUUUUCAGAAAGUGAUUAUCCUUACAGUGCUUCAUUAGGAACUUGCAAUAAUGCUACAUCAGCAACUAGAUAAAAGGCAUUCUUUGCUAAAGAUAGUAUCUACUUUUAUACCUGGAAUAGCAACAAAACUAACGAAUUGUAAUAUGCUGUAAGUACUCAACCAAUUUCAGUACAAGUUGAUGCCACAUUUUGGAAUUCUUAUUCAAGCGGUGUAUUUAAUAACUGUUCUACUGAUAAUUGGACAGUUAAUCAUGCUCCUCUUCUUGUAGGCUACACUAAAGAAGGAAACUGGAUUGUCAAAAACUCGUGGGGAACUAAUUGGGGUUAAAAUGGUUACAUUAUUUUAGCUCCAGGUAAUACCUGCAACAUCACUAAAGCUCCCUUAGGUUCAACUAUUUGA